AACUUAUCAUCGUUUGCCGAUAAAACACGGCUUUGUCCAAAACUAUGCAAUUGCCAUUUGCCACUGUCUACCGACGGUAAAUUCCCAACGAAGCUUUCGCCACUGACGGUAAAUCAAAGCUGAUAACACAUACCCUGAUGGUAAUAGUCUUCAACAGAUUCCUACAUUACCAUUUCGAUUACGCUUUAGCAGUGGCGGCGCUGCGAUAGCCAUGUUUCAUUAAACCUCUUACUAUCGCGUAUAAAAAUAAAGAGAGAAUAUUAAUACAACACGCAGACUUAAUUUUAAUUUAUUUAAAUAAAUUAGCUUGAUCAAAUUCAAACAUGUGCUACGAAUUUAUAAUUAUAUUUAACAGCCUGUUUACAGCGAAUACAAGGACUAAUUGUUUACAAAAACUACCAGAGAAAAAAUCAUCAUCGAAAUACGAAACAUCAUCAGUAUCUAAAUAUUACACUGAACUUGCAUACAUAAUACAGAAGGCAAACGUUAAGUAUGCAAUUUCUCGACGUAUCAAAAAUCGAUCUCUCACCGCCGCGUUCAAGUCACCCAAUUGCGCUAGAAAACGCGUUUCAGUAAAUCCAUCCUAAUUACCAUGACAAGAGUCCGAAAAAGUUCGAAAAAGCUCGAUACUUACCAGAUAUGCGUGACAGUCAUCGAGGCCAAGCACCUUGAGCAGAACGGCAGCCCGAUGGUCGUGGUGAGGGUCGGCAACCGCAAGAAAAAAACGGCUGUAUGCAAAACCACGGAUAACCCCUACUAUAAUGAGGUUCGUGAAAAAGUUUUCGAGGUUAAGGGCUUUCUCGACCGCGCGAGCGAGAGAAACAGAAAGAGAGAGAGAGAGAGAGAGAGAGAGAGAGAGAGAGAGAGAGAGAGAGACGCGAAACGCUUGUAUAACAGACGGUCGCGAAGUAAUAUACUAGUGAAACUGCUAGUUUGGAAAACAAUGCCGGACUGACUGAAAUAUGCAUACCAAUCUUCGAUUUGUGUGCAAGGCCAGUUUGGAAACGAGGUUAAGCGCGAAUUGCUGGCUCUUAAUUAAUAAACCAAAGGGUCGGCACUAAUUGAUUUUACUAGUUUUAUGUAACUUUUCAAGCAGCUAUUGCGAUCAAGUACGUAUAGGUAUACUUCAUCACAUGCAAAGCAUUAACACCUUGCAUACAAAUACGUGUCUUAAGUGCGCAUACGCGUAGUUUUCGCUUUCCCCGUGUAUUACAAACGGGAAAAUCUGAAUUUCCAAUGAUCCUACAAUCACCAUUUCAUCGACGGUUUCACCCGCAUGAAAGUCGGAUUCGCACGAAUUUUCCUCGCCGCAAUCGAAACGCCAAGGUGUAUAUCUGCUCUCGCGUCUGGCAGUACUUCGUGUUUGACUUGACGUGCAGCAUGGACACGUUGCUGAGCACACGACUCGAACUCGCGGUCUAUCUGUGUGGUCGCCUCAAGCGUUCCAAAUUUCACGGCAACAUCGUCUUCGAGGUUGCGACUGUCUGGGAUCAACCAGAUCACCAGUACCAUCACAAGUGGGCGAUGUUGACGAACCCUCGGGACCUGACGUCAGGCCCUCGGGGAUACGUCAAGUGUAACAUAGCCGUGCACGCUAAGGGCGAGAAGUUCAAGAUGCCGCCGGAGACCGACGGCGAUGACGACAUUGAGGGAAAUCUACUGCUGCCGUUGGGGGACUCGAAGUACUUCGCGACGCGGCAGCGCGCGAGAUACGUGUUUACGCUGCAUCGAGUCGAGGAUAUGGCUGACGCCGAGGGUAGACUCUGCUACAUAAGCCUGUCGUUUGCCGGUCUGAAGUCUUCGACUAGCAGCGACGCAGGCGGCAAUCCCCGAUUUGACGAGCGACUGGUCUUCAAGGAGAUGUUCCCACCGCUGUGUCAUCGAGCCAGAAUCUCGAUCAAGUGCCGGAAAAGCAGCAGCGGCUGCUGUCGCAAUAAUACGAUAGCGUCUUAUCUCCUCAAUCUCAAGAGCAUCUCCAAUUCGGGAGAGUAUGGUUUCCUCCCGACAUUUGGUCCAUCAUUCCUGCACCUUUACGCCAACGCAGCGAAUCUGACAGGUGCGAUAUAUCGUGGCCGUCUACUGCUGUCCCUGAAAACGGAGAUCGACCGCUCGGAGGCUGCCAGCUCUGGCGCGGUUGGCGUCCACCUCGAGACAGCUGCGUCCAUCGUCGAGGACAGCCUGUGGCGACUCGACGAGUACCUCCUCGUAGGUGUUUUCUACGACUGCUGUAUGAUCGAUAGAAGCCUUCUGGCGAGCGGUAAAUCCGCGAGUCUCGAGCUGAGCCUUGGCAACGCCGGCAACCUGAGCUAUUCGGACCACCAGCUUCGUGUCUGCGACGAGGAGGCUCAAGAGAACGACGAUAAAAGUAGUGCUGAGGAGGAAACUACCUAUGGGGCGACAGGAUGUGCAAGUCCGGACAGUCAAAGUGAAACACUCGCUCAGAUAGUGACGAGUAUAGAUCUCAAAUACAAUUGCUUAGAAUUUGGUGUAAAAAAGCCCUGCGUUUUUGUCAAAUCCUGGUGGCCAAACACAGAAUGGCGCGCAAGAAAUACCAACCGACUUACAUUUAUUGCUGACAAUCUGGAGCGCGAACUUGAGAGACUGGAGACUCUCGUGACGUUAGGCCACGAGGCAGCACACAGCGCCUACAACUCUGCGAUUCGUGGACUUCAACAGCACUGCGCAAGCUACCUGCACAGUCUAAGAAGCUUGGCUAUGGGCUGCGCCAGACCCGAUGACAAUGGAGAGGACGUCGUCAGUUGCAUGACUAGCUUGGACAGACACAGGCUCAACUACUGCAGGAGAGAGAUCGAAGGUGUCAUGCAGAAGGUCAAGGUCAACGGAGAGCUGGGGGAUAACGGGCUUAUUAGGAUCGCGAUGGUUCACGCGAGAAAUCAUCUGAGGAUUAUCAGGAGCUUGUGCAAAGAUCCUCAGCACACCCUCCCAGACAUCUUCCUGUGGCUGCUGAGCAACUCUCGCCGUCUGGGUUAUACUCGACUUCCGGCUUCGCGAGUCCUGUACGCGGAGGAGCGCCCGGAACGCGGUCGUAACUGUGGCCAGCGUCUCAACCUCUUUCUGGAGACUCGUGACUCGUCGGCAGUGGUUUGCCAGACCGAGCUGUUUCUGUGGCUAGGCAACGCCAAGUUUGCCGGUGCCUGUUGGAGCGCGUUGCCACCUGGUUACAGGCUUGAAGAUGAGACACUGGGGGGAGGAAGGCUGGAUGUGUUUCCAAAGUUUCUGGAAUACGAGAAGUCGUCGAAAUUCCAGCUGAGAGCGCACAUAUUUCAAGGGAGAUUCGAACCCGGAAUGGAUUCCUCUGGCCUACUUGACCCAAUGCUGCGGGUAAUUUUUCAAGGCUAUACCAUGGCCACCAGAGUCAUCAAACAGACACUCGAUCCGUUCUGGGAUCAGACUCUCGUAUUCCCAGCGAUCGAUGUACACGGCAUGCGAGAGCACGUGAAAAAUCAUCCGCCGAAAGUUGUGCUUGAGGCCUUCGAUAGGGAUUACUGCAACAGCCUAGAGCUGUACGGCAGAUGCGUCGCUCGUCCGCUGGUGAAGCUCGACACGGAAACCCACUCGCCGCCGGAUUUUCCGCCCAAGCUACGUUGGCACAGAUUCGGCCACGACGACGACAACGGCAACGACGACAGGAGACCGGCAGCCGACGAUUCCGGAGCUGCUGUCCUCGCGGCUUUCGAGUUGGUCGAGGUUUGCGACAAGGAUCAUGCCUUGGACACUCCAGACCUCGUCUCAUCUUCUCCUCGCGUUUAUCGUGUACCCGAGGAAAUCAGGCCCAAGAUGGCUACUUACCGCAUAGAGGUUGUUUUUUGGGGAGUUCGCGACAUGAGAAGACUUAAUCUCGUGCCGGUGCAUCGACCCAAAAUAGCCGUUGAGUGCGCGGGUGUUCACGUCGAGUCGGAAGUCAUGGAGAAUGCCAAGCGGUUUGCCAAUUUUCAAGAGAUGCGCGUCAGCGUUGAUCUGGAAAUGUCCACCGAGGAAAUGUACUACCCACCGAUAACGAUAAAAGCCUACGACUCGCGCGGCUUCGGCUGUUUCAAGUACGCGGGCAUGUGUUGCAUUCCGACGAUUUACGUCUUUAUGCAGCGGCUCAUAACCAAGAGCGAAUACGAAAGCGCCAUUUAUCACUCCUCGAGAAAGUCCCGGCCAGCUGUGCAGCAGCAUACUGCAGUGGCUAUAGAACCCGACUAUAAAAAAACCCCGGACGACCAAGAGGAAGAAGCUAUCGCCCUGAUGAGCUACAAAAAACUCUCGAGACAGCAACGGUGUACAGCUUCUUCCGGAACAGCCGGUCAACUACUCGGACGCCUACUGCGCUUGAGGAGAACAACCAAGAGAGCGGCUGCUACUGCUGCUCUCGACAGGGACGAAUCGCACGACUGGUGGAGCAAGUAUUACGCCUCGCUCGAGGAAGAAAAGAGUCACGAACGAGGAUCGGUGCCAAGCCAUACCAAGCGUUUAGCAACUUUCAAAGUUUACGCGGCGGAAUUGGAGGCGCAGCCCGAGUUCUCGGGCUUUCAGGACCGAUUGCGAAGUUUCGAGCUAAGGCGCGGCAAGAAAGUUGUCGGUGGCGCCGGCGAUCCCUGGCUCGACGACGAGAACAACUACGCCGGCAAAUUCAAAGGCAACGUCGCGGUGUACCGUUGGCCUCAUCCCGAGGGUCUUGCCUGUGUGAACCGCUCGGGCAGAAGCGCCAGUCAUGGUCUGCUAGAUGACUAUCCGUCACAGGAACAGCAAAUGCUCAUCGUACGACUGUACGUUGUCAAAGCCAUCAACCUGAGACCGUGCGAUCCCUUGAGCGGCAAGGCCGACCCGUACUUGAAAGUCAAGCUCGGCAAGAACAGCAUCGACGAUAGAAAAAAAUACAUUCCCAAUCAGCUCAAUCCGACCUUUGGCAGAGUUAUCGAGCUGGAGGCGUCUUUUCCCAAGGAUCACACUCUGACCAUCCAAGUCUGGGACUACGACGCGACAUCAUCCGACGAUCUAAUAGGCGAAACUCGUGUCGACGUGGAGACACGCUUUUACAGCCAGCAUCGUGCUCAAUGCGGCCUAGCGAAGCACUACGACGUCACCGGCUACAACGCCUGGCGAGACCGCGAGAAACCCUGCCAAAUACUGCGGCAACUAUGUCGCAGGUACAACCUACCUCUCCCUGAGUACUGGGACGACUACGUGAGAAUUGGCAGGAGGAAAUUUUACUGCGAACGCGAUCCUGAGGAUGGUGUUGACCGAGAAGAGCGGAUGGCCCUGAGUGUUCUUCAUCGAUGGAGCGAGUUUCCCAUUUGCGGAUGCGUUCUGGUUCCCGAGCACGUCGAAAGACGUCCCCUUUUUAAUCCCAAGAGGCCCGGACUCGAACAGGGCAGACUGGAAAUGUGGAUCGAUAUGUUUGGCAUCGACGAACUACCAACGAAACCGGCGGUCGAUAUAAGUCCACAGGAGCCCGAGGAUUACGAGCUUCGCGUGACCGUUUGGAAUACAGAAGACGUUCCUCUCGUCGACAGCCAAUUCCUCACAGGCGAAAAGUGUUCGGACAUCUACGUCAAGGGGUGGAUCCUUGCCGAGGACAACCAGCGCACGGACGUGCACUACAAUUCGCUGACGGGCGAGGGCAACUUUAACUGGCGCUUCGUCUUCCGAUUCACCUGGGCCAGAGGCGAACGCAUGAUGAUCGUCAGCCGCAAAGCAUCUGUCUUUGCCAGAGACGAAACGGAACAGAAGAUGCCUUGUAAGCUGACCCUCCAAGUCUGGGAUAGCGAUCACUUCUCCAAAGACGACUUUCUAGGCGAGCUGACUCUGUAUCUGGCGAACAUGCCAAAGGGUAGCCACAGCUCGCGCAACUGCUACCUCAGGCUGCUGAUCGAUUCGCAAUCGCCGCGAAUGAGCCUGUUCAGGGCACAACGCACGAGAGGCUGGUGGCCGCUCUCCAUCAGUACCGCUGCCGGACAAUACGCGCCAGCGGGCAAAAUCGAGCUUGAGAUGAGUCUGCUUCCCGCAUCCGAGGCGGAUAAGCAGCCGGUCGGUAAAGGUCGCGAGCCUCCGGAAGCUCUUCCACCGCCCGACCGACCGGACACCUCGUUCUCCUGGUUCCGGAAUCCCUGGAAAGCCUUCUGCUUCGUGGUCUGCCGCUACUACCGCUGGCGCAUCCUCGGCUGCUGCUGCUGCAUGCUACUGGUGCUGCUCGUCGGUUGCGCCGUCUACGCCUUUCCCGGUUACCUCGUCAAGCGCAUUCUCGGGGCUUAGGGGGAUUAUUAUUCGGUCCAGCGGCUCUUUGUUUAUUCUUUUCGAGUAGGGGAGAUCGUGAGCUGCGUUAACUUUUCUCGAAAGGGUUGUAAUCUUUUUAAGGGGUGAUUAAGACAUUUGCGAGGCGGAGAAAAAGUUUCCCUUAUACUCAGGGUUUGUGUGUGGGUUGUUUCUUUAUUUUCUUUGUAGGAUAAGAAGGUGGCUUUACGGUAAAGGUGUACGAUGCACAUACACUUAAACGCUUGUAGUUAAUUUGUCACAUAUUAAAUAUGUACUUUACAACGAAUAAAUAUACACUAUACGUAUUUACGCGAGCCCGACAAACUCUGCUGAUUAAGAGCGAAAAAAAACAAACCAUAAAGCGUAAACAGAGCCUCAAUUCCAGAAGAGCCACCAAACCGUUGCCAACUCGCGUAAAAAAGCAGACGAAAGCAGCCGGACAGGAGCAGAGAAGCACCCCCGGAGAGCCGUGAAGAAUCGUCUCGCUUGCGAUCGAAAAGAAGAAACUUUUCGCGGAAAGGGGGAGGCAGAGAGAAAGCAAGUUGGAAAGGCAACUAUCCAACACGUCUCUGAAGACGCCAAAAGUCCCGGUGAUGUAACUUUGACAGCGCGUGCCAAUUUUGCUUUAUACAGAGAGUGCUAGAGAUAUACGAGUAGGCUGCUUUUGGCUAUAGGUAUGUGUGCUGUAAUGAAGUUGGCUUCGUUUAAUUUCAUGUUAGCUGGUGUUUUUGGAUUUCGUUUGAAGGUUGCAUUGAAUAAUGAACUUUAUUCAUCAUACGGUACUCGUAUACGAAUUAUUAUUAUAAAACGUUGUCUUAUUAUGUUUCCGUGUUAUGAACAAUAAUUGAAACAGAAAAAAAACUGGUGCGAUGGUUUUUCCAUAGAUUUUCUCUAAAAAAUAUUAUGAAGGUUGUAAUAUGCACGAUAUUUAAAAUAUUGAAUUUUUCAAGAUGCUAUAAUAUACAAGAACGAAUUUCGUUGAUAGCUCUUUUCACUUUUUUCGUAAACCUUAUCCCCUCGACCUUCGGUAUAGUUUAUUUUCUUUUUGUUACUUACGCUUUAUUCUUUCGAAAUUCCGUAAUUUUUUUGAAAGGUUCUCCCUUUCCUCUUACUUUUUCCCAACCUUCCCUCCGUUCCAGCUUUUCUCUCGAUUUCUUACUUUACCUGCACAAUAUACUUUCUUGUAUCUCAUUUUAUAUAGCUAGCACAUUUUAUAUUAUUAGCCCUUUGUGUUUAUUUUUUCGCUUUCCUUUGUCAUAUGUGCUCUCUUUUGCAAAGUUGAACGAAGAACUCGGUAAUAAUGUUUGCUUCAGAGAAUUGCAGAAUAGCAGUUACGUUUCGGAGAUCCAUAUUAUAAUCCCUCGCCAAAUCACAAUUAUGUAUGUUUAUAAUAAUAUUUAUGUAUAAACGCAAAGUAUUCGUAAAAAGUAAUAAUGUCAUCAAGAAAAUAAGAAGAUUAAAUUUGCCCUGGUGUCUCGUGAUAAAAUCUCAUACCUCUCGACCACAACUGUUGCUUGAGACAAUAUAGGCGAAUUUCAAAAAGUUCGUGGCUCUCGAUUUAUGUAUUCCUCGGCUGAUUUCACGGUGCGAUAUUGUAUAACAGGCAACUCGACGAAUUUCCUUUCUUUUCACGCACACCGAGCCGCAUCUUAUGAAUGACAAGAUCGAUCGGCCAGAUAGAUAUGGUCUGAUGGAUAUAGAGAUAGACGCGUGAAUGUAUACGCCAAGCUUGAAUGUAUUACUGGGUAAAGCGCGGUUGGCGCGUUUUAAUAAACUGAAAUCGGUAUUCCUGCA